CUCUAGCUACUGUCCUAUUGUCUGACUCUCUUGCUCUCUCUCAAUUAACCACACUCUGUGUGUUCCUUACGGUUCACGCCAAAAGCCUGCCGUCUCUCUCUCUCUAUCUCUCUCACACGCACAAGUGAGAAAAAACAAACCGGGGGGGCUCGAAUAUGCUCUCUCUCUAGUUUCUAUAGUGCCCUUUCUUCUCAUUUUGCUUCUGCUUGCAUUUGUCUGGGCAUACUUUGUUAUUAUUGCACCAUGGGAGAGGUGGUGUUCUUGGAAUGGAGGAGCAAGAAGUUCUCAUUGUGUUUGAUAAUGGCGGUUCUGGUUCUUCUCUCUCCCAUUGUUUAUGCACUCAACGACGAAGGAAAAGCGCUAAUGUUGAUCAAGGCCUCGUUUAGCAACGUAGCGAACGUUUUGCUUGACUGGGAUGACGUGCACGACGACGAUUUCUGUUCCUGGCGCGGCGUCUUUUGUGACAACACCAGCCUCUCCGUGCUUACUCUGAAUCUGUCUAAUUUGAACCUGGGUGGAGAGAUUUCACCGGCAAUUGGUGAUUUGAAAAACUUGCAAUACAUAGACUUUCAGGGAAAUAAGCUUACUGGUCAAAUACCGGACGAACUCGGGAACUGUGCUUCUCUUGUGCAUCUGGAUUUAUCUGAGAAUUUGCUGUUUGGGGACAUACCCUUUUCGAUAUCCAAGCUUAAGCAGCUUGAGCUUUUGAAUUUUAAGAACAAUCAGCUGACUGGUCCCAUCCCGGCAACUCUAACCCAGAUUCCAAAUCUCAAAACUCUCGACCUUGCCCGGAACCAGAUUACUGGGGAGAUACCAAGACUUCUGUAUUGGAAUGAAGUACUACAAUACCUGGGGCUACGUGGAAAUUCUCUAACUGGAACACUUUCACCUGAUAUGUGUCAAUUAACUGGCCUGUGGUAUUUUGAUGUUAGAGGCAAUAAUCUCACUGGUACAAUCCCAAAAAGCAUUGGGAACUGCACAAGUUUUGAAAUCUUGGAUAUAUCCUACAAUCAGAUCACCGGGGAGAUUCCAUACAAUAUUGGAUUCUUACAAGUGGCAACUCUGUCCCUGCAAGGAAAUAGACUAACGGGGAAGAUCCCAGAGGUGAUUGGUCUGAUGCAGGCCCUUGCUGUUCUGGAUUUGAGUGAGAAUGAACUCAAUGGGCCAAUACCACCAAUACUUGGCAACUUGUCGUACACGGGCAAACUGUACCUCCAUCGCAACAACCUCACUGGCCCAAUUCCUCCAGAGCUUGGCAAUAUGUUAAAACUUAGCUACCUGCAACUGAAUGACAACAAACUGGUUGGGCAGAUUCCAGCUGAACUUGGGAAGCUGGACCAGUUGUUUGAAUUGAAUCUUGCCAACAAUAAGCUUGAAGGACCGAUUCCACCCAACAUAAGCUUCUGUAUAGCAUUGAAUAAAUUCAAUGUACAUGGUAAUCACCUAAAUGGAUCAUUCCCUUUGGGUUUGCGCAAUCUAGAGAGCUUGACUUAUCUAAAUCUAUCCACUAACAAUUUCAAAGGCAGGAUUCCUCUAGAGCUUGGACAUAUAAUUAAUCUUGAUACACUUGAUCUCUCUGGCAACAACUUCUCUGGACCUGUUCCAGCUUCAGUAGGUGACUUGGAGCACCUUCUCACCCUGAAUUUGAGUAACAAUCAUCUUGAUGGGUCUCUGCCAGCUGAAUUUGGCAACCUCAGAAGUAUACAGAUUAUGGACAUGUCAUUCAAUAAUUUCUCUGGUAACAUCCCUCCAGAGUUCGGUCAGCUGCAGAAUAUUGUCUCUCUGAUGCUUAACAACAACAACUUGAAUGGAAAAAUUCCAGAUCAACUAACAAAUUGUUUCAGUCUGGCUACUCUGAAUGUCUCUUACAACAAUUUAUCGGGAGUUGUACCUCCUUUGAGGAACUUCUCGCGGUUUUCACCUGACAGCUUCAUAGGGAAUCCAUUAUUAUGUGGCAACGGGUUGGGAUCAAUAAGUGGACCUUAUGCGCCAAAAUCCAGAGUGCUUUUCUCUAGAGCUGCAGUUAUUUGUAUGACACUGGGCUUCAUUACAUUAUUGUCCACGGUGAUAGUUGCUAUCUACAAAUCCAACCAACCAGAGCAAUUGACAAAGGGAUCUAAAGGGACCAGACAUUGUCAUCCCACGCUUGUCAUUCUUCACAUGGAUAUGGCUAUUCACACCUUUGAUGAUAUAAUGAGAAUCACGGAGAACCUGAGUGAGAAGUAUGUUAUAGGAUAUGGUGCUUCUAGCACGGUGUACAAGUGCGUCUUGAAGAAUUCCCGGCCAAUUGCAAUUAAGCGAAUUUACAACCAAUAUCGAAACAAUGUGCGAGAAUUUGAGACUGAACUUCAAACCAUUGGUAGCAUCCGACACAGAAACCUGGUCAGCCUACAUGGAUAUGCCCUGUCUCCCUAUGGAAACCUCCUCUUCUAUGACUACAUGGAGAACGGUUCUCUAUGGGAUCUCCUUCAUGGACCAUCAAAGAAAGUUAAACUUGAUUGGGAGACGCGAUUGAAUAUAGCUGUUGGGGUUGCUCAGGGACUUUCUUAUCUUCAUCAUGAUUGCAACCCCCGAAUUAUACACAGGGAUGUUAAGUCCUCAAAUAUCCUGCUGGACGAGAAUUUUGAGGCUCAUCUCUCUGAUUUUGGGAUUGCCAAAUGCAUCUCAACUGCAAAAACUCACGCAUCCACUUACGUUCUUGGUACAAUUGGCUACAUUGACCCAGAGUAUGCCCAAACCUCCCGACUCAAUGAAAAAUCAGAUGUUUAUAGCUAUGGCAUUGUUCUCCUGGAGCUACUUACUGGGAAGAAGGCAGUGGACGAUGAAUCAAACUUACAACAACUGAUAAUGUCCAAGGCAGAUGAUAAUACAGUAAUGGAGGCUGUUGAUCCCGAGGUAUCUGUGACAUGCAUGGAUUUAGCCCAUGUCAGAAAGACCUUCCAACUUGCUUUGCUAUGCACUAAGCGGAACCCUUCUGAGAGGCCAGCCAUGCAUGAGGUAGCUAGGGUUCUGGUCUCCCUGCUUCCAACUCCUCCUGGGAAACCUUGUUUUGAACCACCUAAUACCAUGGACUAUACUCAAUUCAUGAUUGACAAGGGGCAACAACAAUUGAAAAUGCAGCAGCGGCUGGUGCAGCAGGAUAACACUUCGUCAGAUGCUCAGUGGUUUGUUCGGUUUGGUGAAGUUAUAUCUAAGAACACCCUAUGAAGUAUUCAAUUGGUCAUUUUGGCAUGCACAAUAUCAGAAACAGAAAGGAAAGAAUGGAUGGAAGAAGAAAAUCCCGAGUUGUGGCCUAUAUAGAUGAAUAUCUGCGACUUGUUAUUGACUAAUUUUACUCCCGAAGUCAUGAUAGGACAUUUUCGUGCAGCUGAAUCUACCGACAUUGCAUAUAAGCCUUCCUUUGUUUGUUUUGCUUAUUUUGUUGUAAUAUGUGCUGACAAGUUGUUCAUGUUAGGAUAUAGUCGAUAUAAGUUGCACUA